AUGCCACAGAACGAGCCCGACCUGCACACAGCCCGGCUUGCACCACCUACGACGCCUUCGCGGCGCAGUCCGUCCCUCCUCCUGACCUUGGACCGGCUGACCAGCUCGCCCGCCUCGAAGCGCUCUUUGAGCAGGGGCGCGUCGCCACCCAUCCCCGGCCAAGCGAGCGGCAGCGGCAGCGACGACGACGACGACGAUGAUGAUGAUGGCGCUUCUUCGAAUGCGAGCACGACGCUGUGGGGCAGGAGCGACUCGGGUAAAGACCUCGAUCCCAUGUUGACGGACCACUCCGACUUCGGCGACGAGGAUGAGCAGUGCGCGCCAAGUGCUGGUGGCUUGGCUCUCCGCGGCGGUGCAACCGGGUCCAGAACAGGGGGGUCGACUGCGAAUGUGCUCGCCGCCACAGCUACGACUACACCGAGGUCCAGGACUGCGCGGACGAUCAAGCAUGGCAACCGUAUCUUUGACAGGCCCAAGUCAGAAAGCUGUUCCUCCGUGCCACCGUCGACAGGCAUCUCGGUCAAAAUCCCGAUCCCCACCCGGCACAGUAACUCCCUGCCGCUCACUUCGCGACCCCUCGAUUCUGUCGAUCACCCCAAGUCGUCGGGGCCGUCAGCCACAGCGCCAUCGAGCCUGGAUACUACGGUGAGGACCACGGCCCCACUGGCUACACCAUCGUUUGCGACACCGGUGCUGGGCCCAUUGUUCGCGCCGUCGACUAAAAGUAAGUUUCCGAGCCGGCCGAUCCGAACUUGCAUACAGCCAGCUCACAUACUCUCUCGACCGCGCUACGGCCGCUUCUUAGUCACCUCCCCCGCACAAUCUGCCUACCCGUUAUCGUCCCGUGACCGAGACAAUUCGUCAAGCGUCUUCUUAUUUCCACCUCGCGCCUCGACAUCGCCGACCGAAACCAGCAGCGGAGACGCUUUCCCUUUGUCGCCCGGCCCAACCUCGGAAUCGCCCACUCAGGCUGGUGUCCACAUCACUGCGCACGAGCUAUCCAAGAAACUCGAGCGCAAUCGCGAAAGCACGACUACGUCGCUCGUUAUUGACGUGAGGCCGGUGCAAGACUUCUUGGGACCCAAUGGAAGGAUCAAGGGCUCGGUGUGAGUUUGCAGAGCCUGAUCCAACCGCUCCGCCUCGCGAUCCUCUCCUGUCUACCUCCGUUCUCACUCCCACGGAUCUCACACCACACAGAAACAUGGCCUUCCCAGCUCUGCUGAUGCGGCGUCUGAGCAAGCCGGGAGAGAGCUCGAAACAGACUUGCUCUUUUGAUCUGCACCAAUUCGUCACCACCGACGAGGGCAAACUCAUUGUCAACUCGAUCAGAGGCUCGUAUGGCGUCAUCGUAGUCGGCGACGUCGAUGAGGACGAUCACGACUCCCAUAGUAGCGAAAGGGACGCUGUCGAAGUUCUGCUCAAGAUACUGCGCCAGAAGCCAGAGGUGGAGGAAGUCAGUGUCUUGAAGGGAUCGCUCGCGAACGCUUGGUCGGAGAACGGUCUGAGUGCCGAAUGGCGCUGCAUCGGGAGGGAGGAUUCGGCACCGGCCAGAUCUCAGCCGACGCCUACCUUUGCUCUACCUUCGUCACCCCGCAGUCGGUCGAUCACGGCCAACGCCGUGAUGGGCUCUGGAGAUACGCCACCCGAACAGCCAACGACGCCGACGUUCCUGAGCUUGGCACCGGCGCGCAUGUCCAUCUCGCCUCGUAGCGCGGCACCUCGCGCUCGACCAUUGCGCUUGGACACGUCCGAAUCCUCGUUGGGGUGGAAUACGAGCAAAGGUGCUCCGACGGCGCCGCCCAACAUGAUGCCUGGCGCGCGAUCGCUCCAGUCUUUAUGUCGCAUACAAGCCUCGGAACGCCCCUCGGAACGUCCGGCGAUCCCACGCGCCGUGUCGUCGGCCAAUGUUCCCUCCGAAGCCUUUUCAAAUCAACGCUCCGACGAGUCGGAUUUCGACCCUUCGACGAUCCUCCCGUCGUUCCUCUACCUCGGCCCUGAGCCGGCGACCAUGAGCGAUGUUGAACAGCUCCAAGCGAUGGGUGUGGAGACCAUAUUGAACCUCGCCAUCGAGUGCAAGGACUCCCUGGUGCGGUCGGUGUACUCGCGUGCGAACCAAUAUCACCAUUUCCCCUUGCGCGACGUCGUCGAAGAGACGGGCAUUCAAGCCGUCCUGAGUCGUUCGUGUCAGCUCAUCGACGCAUGCCAGCUUCGCAACGAACCCGUCUAUGUGCACUGCCGCGCAGGGAAGAGUCGCAGCGUAAUGAUUGUCGUCGCCUACUUGGUUCAAUCGCACAAGAUGUCGUUGGAUCAGGCCUAUUCGUUCGUGGGCAAGCGGAGGAAAGGCGUCAGUCCCAACAUUGGGUUCAUGGCCGAACUGAUGAAGUGGGAGGAAAAGGUUCGGGAAACCAGCCAUCGUCAUCCGGAGCAUCGUUUACCGAAACCUGAGAUGCCUGUCGAAGGGGUACGGUAA